UAUUUAGAGGAUUUUACGGACUCUUGAGUUGGUAACACUUUAAUUAUUUCGAAGUGCUAUUAAAACGUUUGACACUUACUGUAUACUACAGUACAGUUUUUAAUUUAACUGAGUUUACUAAAACAUCGAACAGAGUCCAGCCCUGCAAAUUGAAAUAGAGCAAUAUACUUGUUGCAAAUUGCAAUUUUAUUCAAAUACUAUGGAAUCCUCGACGGCUGCAGAGAUUAAGCCUCAUCGAAAUUGUGUGGCUGUAGAUAACAACUACUUUUUAUCAGCAGAACAAAAACAGUUUUAUGUAGAAAAUGGGUACCUUGUUAUAAAACGGAUGUUUGAUUUCGAUGAAUUAUACAACUUUAAACAGCAUUUUAUUCGUCUUGCCAAAGGACUGGUGGAUAAAGGAAAUUCAACAGUAGUUCGUGAGCCUUCUCUUGUCAAGAAGGGGUUGAAAGGAGAGCAGGCCAUUAAUAAGAUCCAGGACAUCCAGUAUGACGAUGUUUUUAUGACCUAUACAGAGAAUCCAAAACUGUUGAAUGUUGUCUCACAGUUCAUUGGUGAUAACAUACGAGUGAUGCAUAGUAUGUUUAUCAAUAAACCACCUGGCUGUUCUCAUCACCCACCCCAUCAGGACCUAUUCUACUUCCCCUUUCGUCCUGCAGAGAAAAUCAUAGCGUCAUGGACAGCUGUUGAUGAAGUCACGAAGGACAAUGGCUGCCUCUUCAUCGAACCACGGUCUCACAAGUUGAAUCAUUUGUAUGCACAUGGGCAAUUGCCGGAUGCAAAUAAAUUGUACCACGGUAUAUUAGACAAGUCGGUGUUUGACAGCAGCAAGUAUGUCCAGUUGGAGAUGGCUCCCGGAGAUACAGUGUUCUUUCAUCCCUUACUUGUUCAUGGAUCUGGACCAAAUAUUACUAAGUUCUACCGCAAGUCGAUAACGGUUCACUACGCCAGCGGUUACUGCCAGUAUGUGGACGUGGGUGGGACUGUCCAAGAGGUUGCCGCCAAAGAUAUUGAGAACGAAGCCCAAAGAAGAGGAUUCGACCUCUCUUUUGUGGAUACUUGGCGACUUAGAAGCAAGCAAGUGAUGGGAGCGAGAGCAAACCUUUAAAAGGUCCAGUCCAGACGUAACUUUUAUGAUGAUCCUUAUAUAAGUAUAAGACAUUCCUUUAUGUGAAAAUAUUUUGUGGUUAUGGUUUAUAGAUGUCGCUCAUAAAAUCUAUUGCUGCCAUUUCCUUUGGCCGUUAAACUUCGUUCAAUGCUAUUUCUGUCGACAUUUGACUAUCUUAAAAGAG